AUGGGGGCGGGGCGGGGCGGCGUGACGCGACGCGGCCGCGUCCGUCGGCUGGCGCGCGGCCUCGCAGACACUCGGAGAUUAGAUGGUGGGACUCUACCUGUGGACAGUGGGAAUGGAGAAAGAAACGAGGAGCGACAACGUAACACUAGCGGCGCGAGGACCUGCGGGCGGCGCUGGGCCGGCGAGGGGCUGCGCGGAGGGGAAGCGACGCGCCAGACUGCACGUCCCGCUGCAGGCCACUCUCCGCUCACAGCGCGAACGCAUGCCAGCGAGACCGGCGCCGAGGCAGGUUCAUUGCAGCUCUGGGGGGACGGGGACGCGAUAGAAAAGCCUGGACUGCGCACCCUCCGCAAAACGGGGCAGGAGUUUUCCAAUGGAUCCUCGAACUCUCGUUAUCAACGACACAGAUUGGUUUGACAUUACUUAUCU